CCCAGUUCUCCUCAACCCUCAGUCCUGUGUCCUGUCCUGUCCUGUGUCCUGAUCUCAGUGUCAUGGCUCUGAUUUCCACCCUGACUCCGGUGUUCGUGGCCGUCCUGUGUGUCGUCAUCGCCUUCCUGUAUAAAGCGCGGCGCGGGUCGGAGUCUUCCUCAGCGCAGAGAUCUCCAGAAGCCCGGCCCUGGGUGGACGAGGACCUGCAGGACGACACCGAGAUCAGUGGCAGAGAAAACGAGGAAGAUGAUUGGGCAGUUGCAGGGACUGAAGAUCUCCCCCAUGUCCCGUACACCCCAGAUCGCUAUUCCGAGGAAGAGAUGCUGGAACGUUCCAAACAGUUCUAUGCCCUUUUGAACGCACGCCGGUCAGUGCGCUUUAUCAGCCCAGAACCCGUCCCACGAGAGGUGAUCGAUUACGUGAUACGCACUGCAGGGACGGCCCCGAGCGGGGCUCACACUGAGCCGUGGACGUUCGUGGUGGUGGCCGACGCUGAGACCAAACACAAAAUCCGAGAGAUUGUGGAAGAGGAGGAAGAGAUCAACUACAAACAGAGGAUGGGAGAUAAAUGGGUUGAGGACCUGCGCAGACUCAGGACUAACUGGGUGAAGGAGUAUCUUGACACAGCACCAUAUCUCAUCCUCAUCUUUAAGCAGACGUACGGAAUAAAGCCUGGUGGAAAGAAAAAGACUCACUACUACAACGAGAUUAGCGUGUCCAUCUCAUGCGGCCUCCUUCUGGCGGCUCUACAGAACGUGGGUCUGGUGACGGUGACCUCUACACCUCUAAACUGCGGGCCACAACUCCGGCUCCUCCUCCAUCGCCCGGCCAACGAGAAACUGCUCAUGCUGCUUCCUGUUGGCUACCCAGCUCCGGACGCCACCGUGCCCGAUCUCACGCGCAAGGGACUUCAGGACACCAUGGUGUUUGUGUAACAUCGUCAGCAUCCACCUGGCUUCCUGAGUACAGACUGGCAUGGAGACUUGAUUGAAAUUACUUGUGAUGGCGGAGUAUUUUUAAAAAAGAAUUGCUUUAUUAAACAACAAAAUGGUUAAUCAAUAUAUAUAUAUAUAUAUAUAUAUAUAUAUAUAUAUAUAUAUAUAUAUAUUGAUUAACCAUUUUCUCUCUCUCUCUCUCUCUCUCUCUCUACAUAUAUGUAUGUAGAGAGAGAGAGAGAGAGAGCGAGACCAGAGAAAGGUUUCACAGUUGAUACUCACUGAAAAGUGUGUAGUUCAUGCUUCUGGGUUGCCAAAUUUUUCUGGUUUUGAGUGGAAAUAAGUUCAGUAUGAGUUUUUAAAUACAAACACUUUGUUUCUCUAAGCCUCCAAAAAUCUGCAAUAGAAAAUCCUGACUUAAUACUUAAUACUGCUUUUCUCUUGAGUUAACAACAUGCAAGGAAAAGUCUGAUAUGCUUAAGUCUGAUUUCAGAAGUAAAUGUUCCUGAGACACGCCUUUUGUUUUUGUCAAGCUCCCACCUGUGCAACUCUCACGCAGUUUCUGAACACCGCUUACGUCUGAGGUCGGAACGUCGGCUAUAUCCUCACUAAACUUAAUCUCCCAUGCAAGCCGAUAAAGAAAAACAACUUCAGCAAAUAUUGACAAGUCUUAAUCCUUACCUUUUAAAUCCUGCUACUUAAAUGGUAUAUAUACAGUCAAGUAUAAAAGUUAGUGCCCCCUCUUUUUACUCUAUGUUUUUUGUUUGUGGAAAAACACAAUAGAAAUGAUCUUAUCAGUAUUAGGCAAAGAUUACCCCAGACGGACAACAACAUAUAGCUUUUUUUCUAAAAACUGCUUCUACAAGAUUUAAAAGGGGAAAAUGCAGCCAUGUGCUGCAAAUCAUCAGUACGUGAUUAAUUGAUCCUCAGCAUGUGUGAGGUUUAGGCAGUUUGCCGGUCUGGAACAUUCAGGUGUAUGUUAACACAGUGCUAAGAGAGAAAGAAAUAAGCAAUAGUCUUAAAAAAGCAAAUAAAAUACAAAAAAACACAAGAGCUACAUCUCAGACCCCACAGACCUCAAUAAGCAUGUUAAAUGUAAAAGUCCAUGACAGUACAAUUAGAAGAAGACUGAAGAAGUAUGGUUUGUUUGGAAAGAUUGCCAGGAGAAACCUCUUCUGUUUAAAAAGAACACAACUGAGUUUUGCAAAAUUGCAUUUGAAAAAAACACUAAGGUUCUGGAACUGUAUCUGUUAAACUGUAUCUGUGCUUAUAUAUAUAUAUAUAUAUAUAUAUAUAUAUAUAUACAGACACAGUUUAUAAAACAGCUGCCUUUAAUAUGUAAGUGUAUCACAUGCUAAUAAAUGUGUGACUUGCAAAAUCA